UAUACAAAAGACAGAACUUUAAGCAACUGGACACAGACACACAUGUGGGUCGCGCAUCUCUAUGCUAAAUCAGAUCCUCCAGUUAUCUAUCUCUCCUUCAAUCAUUUUUCAGCCACAAUCACUUUGUAGUUUGUGCCAUAUAUAUAUUCCUCUAUAUCCCCUUUGUAACAAGAACCUUGGGACGUCCAACGCUAUGUGGAGCAACCUUCCUUUUGAUAUCUUAGCCAACAUUUUCUAUUAUCUUUCCCCUGAUUCCUUAGCCAGGGCCAAAUCAGCUUGCAAAAAUUGGCAUACAUGUGCCAAGAAUUCAGCUUCACCUCGGCGGCACCACCCGCCAUGGUUCGUAGCCUUGCCAACGCGCAUCACGGGGCAUUUUUGCUAUGGUCACAACCCAAUUGAUGAUUCUUGGCAUCUAUUGCCUCUUGACUUCAUUCCUAAUCCAAUUCGCCCCAUUGCUGCAAUUGGUGGCCUGAUACUACUGAGACAAGCUACAACUACUGCCCUUCAAUUAGCUAUAUGCAACCCCUUUACUAGGCAAUUCAGGCAAUUUCCUAAGCUAAAUGUCACAAGGACUAAUCCAGCUGUUGGAGUAAUAGAACUGAAUUCCGUCAACUUCAAGGUCUAUGUGGCUGGUGGAAUGUCAGAGGCUAGCACCAUUAAUGGAGGAGGUGCCUCUUACGAGCCCACUUUGGAAGUGUACGAUUCUGUUUAUAACAAGUGGAAAACAAUUGGAUCAAUGCCUAUGGAGUUUGCUGUAAGGCUAACAGUUUGGACACCAAACGAGAGCGUUUACUGUAACGGUGUCUUGUAUUGGAUCACGUCUGCCCGGGCUUAUACCAUAAUGGUAUACGAAAUUGAGAAGAAUAAAUGGAGAGAAUUGAGUGUGCCAAUGGCUGACAGGCUUGAAUUUGCAGCAUUGGUGCAAAGAAAUGGGAAGUUGAGUCUUGUUGGCGGAACGUGUGAUGCUGGAGCAUGUAUAUGGGAACUUAGUGAAGAUAAUAAUUGGAUAAUGAUUGAGAAAGUGGCACAAGAACUUGGGGCAAGAUUGUUAGAAGGUAAAGGGAGAUGGGGUAGUAUUAAUACCAAAUGUGUGUGUACUGGUGAUGCUAUGUGUUUGUAUAGAGAUCUUGAAUCAGGAAUGGUAGUAUGGAGGGAAUGUGUAAAAAAUGGUAAGUGGGAAUGGCAUUGGAUUGAAGGGUGUGGUUCAAUAAAAGGGAUGAAAUUGCAGAAUUUCCCAAUUAAAGGACUGCUGCUACAUCCCUAUCUUGCAUUUUCUAGUGUCCUGAACCAAUGAGCUGUAAAUUCAUCUCUUUUCCAGUGUCCCCAUCACUUCAACUCACUUUCUAAAUUUCAAAGGAAAUUCUGAUUUGCUUGUAAAGUUGGAUUGAGCAUAAAGGUUUAAGAAAAAAUGUUAAUAAUAAUAGGGAAAGUAUAUUUCUUGAUCACUCUUAUCUCGAGACUUUUCAACUGGUGCGCUUACAACAUCAAUCUGCUGGAGAUAUUGCUAAUCUUUACAUUUCUUGGCAUUUGAUGCUUAAGACAUUUUAUAUUUUGCUGGAGAAAUUGCUAUGUUUCUAGAGAAGCAUAUUACAAAGACACAUUGGUCAUUUUGCUUGUAGUUAUUAUCCUUUAUCUUUUACUUAUUGAAUUAUUUAUGUCUUUA